UAACGAGUGAAUUCCUAAAUAGGCGUUUGGGUCUGUGGUAUGACCGUACGAGGUCUUUGAACUGAAAGAUCUCAGACCUUCCGGUGACAUGGCAACAAUGGAGAGAUCCAAAUUGAUUUUGUUUAUCACGGUUCUUCUGCACUUCUGUUCUUCUAUUCUUCCUUCUGCCGCUGCAAUUUCAUCUGGGGCGAGUGAUGGCUACACCAUUAAUGGUCGGGUUAAGGUCGAAGGUAUGGGCGUGAAAGGUUUUACUCUUCCUGGAAAGAUAUCAAAUGCCAAAGUAAUACUAAAUGGUGGCCAAAAUGUCACUUAUCUUAGGCCUGAUGGCUAUUUUUCUUUCCACAACAUACCAGCGGGAACUCAUCUAAUUGAAGUGGCUGCCCUUGGUUUUUUUUUCUCUCCGGUACGUGUUGAUGUCAGCGCUAGAAACCCUGGUAAGGUUCAAGCUGCACUGACAGAGAACAGGAAAGGUCUGAAUGAAUUGAUUUUGGAGCCUUUGAGAGAGGAACAAUAUUAUGAGAUAAGGGAGCCCUUCUCCAUAAUGAAUGUCAUAAAGAGCCCAAUGGGCCUGAUGGUUGGCUUCAUGCUGAUUGUUGUGUUUCUCAUGCCCAAACUAAUGGAAAAUAUGGAUCCUGAAGAAAUAAGGCGAGCUCAAGAAGAAAUGAGGAGCCAAGGGGUUCCUUCUCUGGCAAACUUGAUACCUGGUGCUGGAAGAAACUAGGACUAGUUCAACCAAUCACAUGAACUCUUUUCGGAUUUUGUGCUUCAUCUUUGAGAGUUGUGUAUUAGAAAACAACACGAUGAAAGGCUCAUUUCAAAUUGUAAGGCUGCUUCUGCUGCAACCUCAACAACUUUCUGAUACACUAGCUCUUUCUGCUGGGGGACAGGGAGAGUGGGAGUUUCUUUGGAAGUUGGUUUAUUUUUUGUGAUCAUAUACUCUCAUUUUCAACACUAAAAAUGUACAUUUACAUUAUCAGACAAGGGAUUUUAUUUUAGUUGGAAAAGAUGAUUUUGUCUUGAUAGCUACUCUCAGCAAGCAACUCUUGAUGCAUCUUUUAUAUGAUGGACCUUGAGUGGUCUAAAGCCAUUAAUGAUGGGGUUACUUCUUAGCC